GCUGGAUCAAAGGGUAUGCACAGUUUGAUAACUUUUUGGGCAUAAUUCCAGAUUGCUCUCCAGAAUGGUUGGAUUCGUUCACAACUCCACCAACAGUGCAUCAGUGUGGGAAAGAAAUUUAAAGCAUCAUUCUAAUUACAGUGGUGUAGAUUGCCAGAGGCAUGCCAUAAGAUCUAUAGAAGCUUCUUAUGACUAUUGCCCUUUUUAGUUCUUCAUUGUCUCCUGAGAGGGACCAUGUUGUAUACUAUGGCUCAUUAUUUACGUGACAUUGAGCAAGAAGAUCUCUGUUUAUACAUACCAUAAGAAGUUUAUAUGUUUCUACAUUUCCAGAAACACUUCUCAUUUGGGGCAGCUGGGCCAUUGAAAUUUUGUAGCUUGUGAAUUUGAUAAUUGAUAAUGCUAGGCUAUCAUUUUUAUUGAUAUGAAACCUUGCAUUUAGGAAGGCCAAAAUUACAGCAGAUGGUAAAGGGCUUUAGAGGAAAAGGGAUCAUGAAAUGGUUUAAGGUAAUAUUUGAUGUAAAGCCUAAGUUGGAUGCUCUGAAAUUAAAGGUUAUGGCAUCCUGUCCACUUAAGUGGUUCUAAGAAUUUUUCGUUGCUGACAGAGGUAUUUUCUUCAAUUUUCUGUCAUGAUUAGUUUGGUGUGACAAAUGUGGUUAUAGGCCACAUUUUCAAGUUUAUAUAAGAACAGUGUGCAGUCCUCUUAUAAGAGCCAUCUCUGGGGAACUUGAAUGCAUACAAAAACUAUUACAUAGUUAGAAACAGAAAACCAGUUCUUUGCUAGUAAUCUGGUUUCAUGAUAAAGUGAAAAACAGGAUAAUUGCUUGUUAAUUUUUUUUUUUUCUGUUCUUUUAAAGUCAUUGCAUUUAAGUAAGUGAAGCAUGUAUUGCUGGUUUUAAAAUUAUUUUCUUAUUCUUUUAGGUAUUCUGUUCAGAUCUGGAUACCAUAUCUUGAUAAGGAUACCCACAUUUUCUUAAGGAAAAUUCUAAAUGGAUUUGGCCCUUGAUCACUGAGGCAUAUUCCUUUGGACAGAUGAAAUGCCUAAAUAUAGAUUACUAUCUAGAACUGUGAAUUUUUUUCACUUCAAGAGGAAGAACUGGUUCUUGUUGAAAUUUGGAUUUCUUGUCUUUGCUCUGAUUGUGUUUUGUGAAUAUAUAAUUUAUUAUUUAGUGAUCUUUCAGUGUCGCUGGCCAGAAGUGAAAACUAUAGCUUCUGGAAGCAAAGAACAGACUCCUGAACCUGUGCUGAAGGUUAUAUUUUUAGCUGAUACACACUUGCUUGGAGAAGUAAAUGGACAUUGGUUGGACAAAUUACGACGGGAGUGGCAAAUGGAAAGGGCCUUUCAGACAGCCCUAUGGUUACUACAGCCAGAGGUUGCCUUUAUUCUGGGGGAUGUCUUUGACGAAGGCAAGUGGAGUUCCCCUGAGGCUUGGGCUGCUGAUGUGGAAAGAUUCCAGAGAAUUUUUCGACAUCCACCUCACACACAACUCAUAGUGGUUGUUGGCAACCAUGAUAUUGGCUUUCAUUAUGAGAUGAACACUUAUAAACUACAACGAUUUAAGAAGGUUUUUGACUUUGGAGAAUUUUUUUCUAUAAAAGGGAUUAAUUUUGUUAUGGUGAACAGUGUAGCCAUGGAGGGAGAUGGCUGUAAUAUCUGCUCUUCAAUGGAAGCCCAACUCAUUAAGCUAUCUCACCUACUGAAUUGUUCCAGACAGGAGAACCAUUCCAGCCCAAAGUGUUUUGGUGUUCAACAGCUUUCAGCAUCAGCUCCUAUCCUUCUCCAGCAUUAUCCUCUGUAUCGGAGAAGUGAUGCUGAAUGCACUGGGGAAGAUUCUGCUCCUCCAGAGAAAAAGAACAUCUUAUUUGAAGAGAGAUAUGAUGUACUUUCUAAAGAGGCUUCCCAAAAGCUUCUCUGGUGGUUUCAGCCUCGCUUAAUUUUAAGUGGUCAUACUCACAGUGCCUGUGAAGUGCUACAUGAUGGAAAAAUCCCCGAAAUCAGUGUUCCAUCUUUCAGUUGGAGAAACAGAAACAACCCCAGUUUCAUUAUGGGCAGCAUAACAUCAGUAGAUUAUUCCCUCUCCAAAUGUUUCCUUCCACUUGAGCAUACAGUGCUGACUAUCUACUGCACAGCAGGUAUUUUGGUGGCUUUGUUAUUAUUAACUCACUGUCAGCCUUUGUAACACCACCGUUUCUUUUCAUCUCAUUUCAUUCGGUUGAUACGUAAUCAGAAAGCAUAAGGCAAUGUGAAGAGCAGGACAUUUCUGCGUUUAGUAACAAAUACCAAAGCGGAAAACAACUGAACUUCAGGCUGUAUUCAUGUCAGAGAAUGACCUAACUGGACGAGUCCAGAUGCAGGCCAUCCAUUUUUAUGCACAUCAUAGAAAUUUUAAACAAUUGAUAUGAAUUACUACAGGAUAAAUAGUUGAUUGAAAUGUUUUCAUGCUGUAAAAAAAAAAAAAAAAACAAGUAUCCUACAACAAAUUGAACUGUUUUCUUGCUAUAU